AUGGAGGCGCCACAUCUGACGCGCCGCAAGCCCAAGGCGCUGCCGCGUCUCAUCGUCGAGCCCGAAGACGAAGACGAGGCCUUCGCCGCCGUCCCCGUCGAGCAGAUGAGCGCGCGCGGCGUGUUCCUGCUCUCGAUGGCCGUCACGUCGUUCGCGGCCUUCACGCUCUUCGCCAUCGCCGAGCUCACGCACCACCACCCGCGCUUCCUGCUGGCCGACGUGCUGCAGGGCGAGACGCACCUCGCCGCGCAGUGGGCGUUGUUGCUGGCCGUGCCCGCCACGAGCGCCGCCGCGUGGUUCCCGAUCUCCAUCUCGCACGCGCCGAGCGGCGUGCUGCGCAUCACGUCGUCGCUGGCGAGGCGCUACCGCCGCAAUCACAUGUUCGCCAUCUACCAGAGCGUGGGCUGGACGCUGUACGCGCUGUUCGUGGCGCUGCAGCUCGUGUGCUUCGGGUCCGACGGCGUGCGCGGUCUGCCGUUCUGCCGACCGGGGAGCCGCUCGGUGCAGGCGGUGGCGGCGUUCAUCGCCGAGGUGCUCAUCAUCUCGUCGGUGCUGACGCUCGAGAAGCGUCGGGACCGCAACCGUCAGCGUCGGAAGGACCGGUUCGUGGUGCAGCUGAACAACUUCAACAACAUGCUGCUGCUGGUGGGCGCGACGCUGUUGGCUUUGGCGUCCGAGUACACGCGCAUGUUCCCGCAUCCAUCGGGCAGCAGCGUGGGGUAUCCGAUGGCGACGGGACUGGGUUCACUUGCGCUAUUCGUGACAGCGCUCUUCAACACGUACGGUCUGGGCGGUGUGCUAUCCACGAAGGACGGCUGGAACUUCUAUCAGCCGUUCAUGGGUGGAGCUCGCUUCGUAUUGUUCCAGAUCGUGUCAUGGACGUGUUUCGGGGCCGGUGCGGCGCUGCAGGUGCUGUACUUGCUCUCGCUUGUGGUUGUAGAGCUGGAGCUGUUUGUCGGUGCAAUGGGCGUCGCAGGAUCGCUGUUCGUGGUCGCGGAGAUCGGCAUGAUGAUGUCGUUGUUGGUUUUCAGGAAGGCUGUUCAGUCACCGAAGAGAGCCCCUGAAGAUGAAUCGAACUCGUCAGAAGAUGUUACCUCGGCUGUAUCAUCGUCGAUCCAUGCCCGCUUUUUGGGUUUUCAUGAACGUCUUCGCGACUUUGCAGACGAGUGCCUUGCGGUGCUGGUUAUCGGUGGGUUGGCCAACAUCCAGUUCAUUCCGAACGCUCUGAUGUUCGUGUUCUUCGCACUCACUACAAACUUGAGCCCGGCUGGUGUCGCGUUUUACGGCGUGGUAGCUACUGGAAUGGAGUUUUUCAUGGUGAUAUCUCGCUCAAUCGCGACGCACUUGUACUUGAAGGAUUCGCACAACGGUCUGCGGAAGGAAGUGAACCGCUACCAUGUCAAGUACGUGUUGCCCCAGGUUGUCACGGGCUGCCUUCCGGCUGUAGCCACGUACCGCCACUACAUCGACGACAACGACGCGUUUGUUUCCGUGCUGCUGCUUACAGCCUUCGUGUACAUUUACGAAUUCACGUACCGUGGCAAUCCCCAACAAACCGGGUGUCGGGAGCGCAUAAGCUGGGUCACGGGUCGCAGCAUGCUGAUCGACACGGUCAAGCGCUACUUCAGUGGAACAAUCAUUCGGAUGGCACCCCUCGACCCGGAGAAGCAGUAUGUGCUGAGCUUCCACCCCCACGGAAUCAUGCCGAUCUCGGUCAUGUGGCUCCAGUUCACGGCGCAAUGGCGAAAGCUGUUCCCGAACUUCUACGCGCACAUUUUAACGGCGAGCAUCCUGCAUCAAAUUCCGCUCGCCCGCGAUGUGCUCCACUUCUACGGGUCGCGUGAAGUCUCCCGACAAGCGUUCGCGUAUACACUCAAGCAGAAGGAAAGCGUGCUGCUUGUGCCCGGUGGUCAGGCGGAGAUGCUGGAGCAACAGUCUGCGAAGAAAGAGGUGCGCGUGUACACCCGCCACAAGGGCUUCAUCCGUCUUGCCAUCGAGCACGGUGUGCCGCUGGUGCCCGUGCUUAGCUUCAAAGAGGGCGAGAUGAUGGACAAUGUCCAGGCGCCGAUGCUGCAGCGCUGGUUCGUCAAGAAGCUCGCGUUCCCGUUCCCGUACUUCCCGUACGGCCGCGCUCUGCUGCCGAUCCCGCGUAAGAUCGAUAUUCCGGUUGUAGUGGGGGAGCCAUUGGAGGUGCCGCAUAUCGAGAAGCCCACUCAAGAGGAUAUCGACAAGGUGCACGCCAGAUACUUUGCUGCCCUUCAGGAAAUGUUUGACAAGUAUAAGGAUGAAGUCGGCUGCGGGGACUACAAACUCGUCCUCCUUUGA